CCCCCCCAGCACCUCUGAGAGCGAGACCGCUGCCGACAUCGAGCAGCCGGUCACUGCGUCGCCAUCCUACAAACUGGCUAUCAAUACUACCGGCGCGGCGACCAGUAUGGCGCGCGUGUACACGGACGUGAAUGCCCAGAUGCCGCGGGCGUACUGGGAUUACGACAGCGUCAACAUCUCCUGGGGCGUCCUAGAGAACUACGAAGUCGUGCGCAAAAUCGGCCGGGGCAAGUAUUCGGAGGUCUUCGAAGGCAUAAACGUCGUCAACUACCAGAAAUGCGUCAUCAAAGUCCUCAAGCCUGUCAAGAAGAAGAAGAUAAAGCGAGAGAUCAAGAUCCUGCAGAACCUCUCCGGCGGGCCCAACAUCGUCGCUCUGCUAGACGUCGUGCGGGACAAUCAGGUCGGUGGAUCCUUUUCGAGUAAAACACCCUCCUUAAUAUUCGAAUAUGUCAACAACACCGAUUUCCGGAGCCUUUACCCCAAAUUCGUCGACUACGAUGUGCGAUACUACAUUUAUGAACUGCUCAAGGCGCUGGACUUUUGCCACAGCAAGGGUAUCAUGCAUCGGGAUGUGAAGCCGCACAAUGUCAUGAUAGAUCACGAGAAGCGCAAGCUACGAUUGAUUGAUUGGGGCCUCGCCGAGUUCUACCAUGCAGGAACCGAAUACAACGUUCGCGUAGCAUCACGCUAUUUCAAGGGUCCGGAACUGCUUGUGGACUUCCAAGAGUACGACUACUCUCUGGAUAUGUGGUCGCUGGGUGCCAUGUUUGCCUCGAUGAUAUUCAGAAAAGAGCCUUUCUUCCACGGCACAAGCAACUCGGAUCAGCUCGUCAAGAUUGCCAAAGUGCUAGGUACCGAGGACCUGUUCGACUACCUAGACAAGUACGACAUCGAGUUGGAUGCUCAGUACGAUGACAUCCUGGGGAGAUUCCCGAAGAAGAGCUGGCAUUCGUUCAUCAACGCGGAGAACCAGCGAUUCGUCAGCAAUGAUGCUAUUGAUUUCCUGGAUAAGCUUCUAAGAUACGAUCAUCAAGUAUGUAACCUUCCUGUUGUGCUUACGGCCUACACUAAUUGGCCUCAGGAACGACUCACAGCGAAAGAGGCCAUGGCGCACCCCUACUUCUCGGCUGUACGACAACAAGCUAUGCAGAACCACAACGCGACCGCCUCCCACUCGUGACCGAUACCCAUCUAGUUUUCUUCUAUCCCUUCUGGCGUCUGCAUACGUACCAUAUCCUCUUCUCUCAUCCAACCUCUCUUGACCAACUCCUGGAUUGUACCUACUAGCGAGAGUGUCUGGACACCAAAAU